CGGCAGCAUGGGAUCCUUGAUAACUUCAAGCCUCCUACAUAUACCGUGUUGGUUUGCAGUGCGCUUCUUAGCUUUACCUCAGACCGGUGUGGGAUUCUCCCGAAAGUCGACAGAGGCCACUAUCAGUACAGUUCCCAACGUGGUGUCCGUCAACAUUGAUUCCCUGCGACGGCUACAGAGUUCUCUUCUCCAAGCGUCGAAGUCGAUUUUCAAGACCUCACGGCAAUCGUGCCAAAGCCUGAUUCCUGUCCAACCCCGCACUAAGGCAGCCAUGCAACCUUUUAAGUCGUCAGGCUAGGGCACUCUGAGACAAGAUGCCGACGAAAAAAUGGGCCACAGAAGCGGACUUCACCGAACAUAGGGCAACAGUCACGAGCCUUACUGCCAGAAGCCUCUUGUAGAAGUUAUAGAACAUAUGCGACGAGAGCAUCAAUUCCAAGCUAUGUAAGAUAGAUAGAUGUCUACCUCUAUCGCCAUGUCUGCUGAGUCAUUG